UACGUGAUGUAAUUUACGGGGUUCCACUAUCUGUGGGCAUAUAAAUGCCAGGUCACUCGGAAACUGCUGCCAGAACAUUGGAACAGCCUUGACAGUUAUACUGCAUCCCACUAAGGAUUAUAUUGGAUCUAUUACCUGUGCAGACCCUCAUUAUUAAAGGCUAAUAACAUUUUUUUUAUUUUUAUUAUUAUCUGGGAGCAGUGAUUUACCUUAUUGAAAUAUGUGUUCAGGGGGCUUUGCAAAGUGCUUGGGGAUUACCCUAAUUCCAUUAGCUAUUCUGUGUGUAUUGGCCAAUAUUUUGCUGUUUUUCCCUGGAGGAAAAGUUCAACCAAGUGGAAACAUUUCAGAAGAAGUCUGGUACUUUGGAGGUAUUUUGGGUUCUGGUGUUUUGAUGAUUUUUCCAGCUUUGGUAUUUUUGGGUCUAAAGAACAAUGACUGCUGUGGAUGUUGCGGCAAUGAGAGCUGUGGGAAGAGAUUUGCGAUGUUCUCAUCUAUAUUAUUUGCUGCAGUUGGAUUUGUGGGUUCAGGCUAUAGCUUUGUCAUAUCAGCAGUUGGUAUAAAUAAAGGACCAAAAUGUGACGUUUUAGGAAAUGAUACCUGGAUUUACCCCUUUGAAAAUGGUAAUUAUCUAGGAAAUACAGACAUAUGGACUUUAUGUAGUAAUGGUACUGAUGUGAUUAUCACAUGGAAUCUGACCCUCUUCUCCAUGCUCCUGAUAAUGAGUGGUGUCCAAGCUAUUCUCUGUGCUUUUCAAGCCAUCAAUGGUAUCAUUGGAACAAUCUGUGGGGAUUGCAAAUGCUGUGGUUGCUGUGGGGGUGAUGGACCUGUUUAAUUUCAGCCUGGUUUGAAGAUACCCUAGUCCAAUUCAUUCUUGCACGGAAAUAGAUUCUUUAUACUCACGUCGCACUCUGAAAUCCUGAAGGAAGGUUACGGAUGAAGAGCUUGUCUUGCCAAAGCUCUGACUAGAUCUUCUAUAAAUGAUGUAAAGCUGUAAAACAAUUAAAAGCAGCAUUGCACAUAAGAUACAUUUAACACUUUGUAAUUGAAUAAGAUAUAUUAAGUUGCAAUUAGAUUACAAUAACUGCAAUUUUAUAUUUCAUAUGAACAUUUCAUAAAAACAUAUUACUUGACAGGGGUGCAUUUUUCAUCUAAUAUAAAUGACUAUUGCAAUAUUCUGUGAUUGAGUAGUGUUUUAUCAUAUGUGUAGCACACCCCUGGCUUCCUUAGGGAAUACUGCUCUAUUCCUACAUGUGAUAUGUUCGGCAUAUAAGCUGCAGUACAAGCAAGUUAGACAUUCUACAUAUCUCAGGGUCAACGUAACGAAAAUACAAUGGAUAAGUAAAAUGUCUGAUUUGCUUUUUAAAGAAAUUAGCAUUACUGCUUUAAUUGUAUGGAACAGUGCAACACCCACACUGCAGUUUACUUUAUUGUAGCAGGAAAUAUAUUCUGAGGGGUGAGAAUGUCAAAAUGUAUAUUUAUUAUUGUUUUUUAUAUAUAUAUAAAUAAGACACUAUGGCUAACUCAUUAACAUCUUACAUAGACGAGGAGCCUACAAAAUAGAACAUUUGGCUAUAAACAAUGAGACUGUAACAAUGUGCUUAUUAUUAAACUCAUUUGUAACUGUUUUUCAGUUUGCUGUUAUAUUAAAAUAUUCAUAUUUUGGUUGUGAAGAAAAUAUCUGACAGAAGCAACAAUAUUAAAAGAAGUAUUUAAAAAAUGUGCCAAUCAAUAAAAGAAUUGUUUUCA